ACCCGAUUCUCAGCAACUGUUGGUUCUUGGCGACAUGGGCUACGGAAAGACGGUUGCCAUGACAUUCAUUGUGGAUGAACUGAAUCAAAGGAACAGUUGUCAAAUACCUCGACCCAAAGUGUGCUACUAUUACUGUCGAGACGACGAAACCGGCCAAGCUGUCAGUAUAUUAUCCGGAUUGAUCCUGGCGCUGCUCGAACAGCUUUCUGGCCUAAAGAAGAUGUUCUAUGAAUGGUACAAGAGGAAUCAGGCUUCUGGAAUUCUUGACCCGGCAACAAGUGUAAGCAAGCUUGCGGAGUUCAUGGAGCUGGUUCUGGAAACGUUUGACCGCCUGCUCUUCAUUGUUAUCGAUGGUCUAGAUGAAAUGUCCGAGAAAACUCCACGACUGAAGAUUAUUCUUUCUUCGCGACCUGAAGAGGAGAUUCUGAAACAACUGGAUCAAACGCCCAAGAUUGCCCUAGAGUCCAACGUGGACAGGGACAGUGUCAUUGUUCGACAUACAGUUCAAGAACAAUUGUUCUAUCUCCCAGAAGACGUCCGGACACUUGUUAUCGAAACAUUGUCUCGUUCGGCACAAGGAAGCGCUAUAUGGAUCAAGAUGACCGUCGAGCUGAUUCAAGUUCGCAGGAUUAAAGCGCUUGCGCCAAUGCGACUUUUCUUGAAGCAGAUGUCUCUCACAGAGCAGCUCUCGGAACUUUACACCACCUUGCUAUCACGUAACUCCUCAAAUGAUCCCGAAAAUCAAGAACUUGCAGCUCUGGCUUUAAAGAUACUCGCGGCUGCGUGUAGGCCUCUCAGUAUCCAUGAGUUGACCUGGGCUACGGCACUAGCUGCGGCUCAACAUGACAUCGAGACGGUUGCUGCUUUAGCUGAAUUAGUAGAUCAUCAGAGGGUGAUGAGUCUGAUCUAUCCAUUCAUUACGCGUGUCGAUUUCGCAGAUCUCAGAAAACGCCAGGUCCGGCUCGUCCACCAGUCGGUGAAAGAGUUCGUUGUAAGAGACUGGUCGUAUCUUGAGGGAUUCAACACAUCGACAGCAUCUCAUCAAGCGAUCGCGCCUCGCAUCGAGAGCUUAGAAGCAUUCAUGUUAGAUAUAUGCAUCAAGUAUCUUCUGUUGCAGGAAGUCGGCAAUGUUCCUCUAUUCUCUGAGGAGCAAAUCGCAAUUGACGAGCUUCCUCAAGAAGUCGAUUUGUUCAGCGAUCAGAAGUCAUUUGAGUACGAUAUUACGUGUACAUGGGAAGUGUGGGAAGAAGACAUGAUAUGCUACGAUCCGACCGAGCGUGGCUUCGGUGAGUUUUUCGUUUACGCAUCCAGCUACUGGCUUAAGCACUUCGGGGCUACUGAGAGAGGCCCCUUUCCACGCCUAGCAAAUUUGGAAAGAUUGUGCCAAGUGGGUUCUAUGCGACUCAACAACUGGGUUAACCAAAAUUGUCGCCCCGGUUGCGCAAUCAAGGCUAGCAUCACUUCACUUUAUGGCUCGGAUGCUAUCCUCCGCGACAUGCUCCGAAAUUCGGACUUUGACAAGGACAAGUAUUUCUCCUCACCAGCUGCGAGCGCUGCCGAUCAGAUUCUACAGUGGGGUCAUUUGUCAAAGCUCAACAUAAUUUUCUUGGAAGGCAAGUUUCGCUCUCAGCUUUGCAACCUCGAGUUCUUUCAACUUCUCAUCAAGAGAUGGUUCGAUUUUGGUUCACGUCAUGAGAAUUGGGCCGAGGUUUUUGAUCUUAUCGACAACGUGCUGGGUGCACUUGUGAGCGAACAGUGGGGAAAUGAGCUCCUAUGUAUAGCUGCUCGCGCUGGCUGUCUACCAAUGAUUCAGCGAUUGCUGGAUCGAGCAUACCACAUGGAAGCGCUGAGGGCCGAGCUAUGGCGGGACUCACAACCGAUCAGUGAAGCUGUCUUGGGAAACCACGCUGAUGCAGUAGAGCUUUUGCUGAGUGCGCGUCGGUGCAUUGCAACCCAGCAAUUUUUCGACUUCUAG